AUGUACAGUGGGGUUGAAUACUUUUCGCUCUUUGUAAGAUUCGUGUUUUCAGAUGGAUCAUUUGAAGAAAAAAGAGUCAAAAUAGAAAACUAUGACGGCAAAACAGAUGCUGCGGGGUGGCUCAGUUGGAUAAUGAAAAUAUUGGAAUUGAUGGAUGCCGACCUCAUCAAAUGCAUUGGUGCUUGUUUUGAUGGAGCUUAUGUUCUGAUACGAAAUGGUGGGCUCUCUGGUAAACUCCUGGCUAAAAUAAAAGAGAGAGACGGGCUGAACGGAUUUGAUUCAAACUACUGCUUUUCACACAGAACAAAUAAAGCGACUGAAAAGUGUUUUGAAUCUCAAUGGGGGCUGGCUAUUGAAAGUUUCUUGGACGGGUUAACAGUUCAGACAACAAGAACAGCAUGGGAUCAAUUCUGUGCCAAAAAUCAUAUCAAAGGUGCAGUUCUCAAAUUGGUUCAACGAUCCGAAACAAGGUGGCUCCAAACAGUAUUGAUUCUUGAUAAUAUGUUUGAGAAUCUGCCUUCACUUCAAGAAUUUUACAGUGAAAGAGAACAAUACCAAAAGCCUUUUGGACCUCGCAACAUUAUGGGUGAGUGUAAUGUCAACUGCAAAUUGUUUGUUGCGUGUAUGUUCUUCACUCAAAUAGUGCUCAGUAAGGUGAAGAUAAUUAACGAUUGGCUACAGACCGCCAAUUUACUAUACCCCGUGGCCUAUCAACGUGUUGAAGAUUUAAUUUCGAAUAUCUUCGAGCUCAGACGAAAGGUGGUGUUAACCGAUUAUUUAGAAAAAAUGAAAUACAUUGAAGAUCUUGACGACAACGAAAAAUUCAUUUUGAAAAAGUAUUCAAUUCACCUGCUCGUUAAGUUGAGUGACGCGAUGAUUUUGAGGUUUGCAAUUCCUUCAAGAAAAAUGACCAAAGAAGACCUUUUCGAUGCUGGAUUGUUGAAGGAAAACCAGGUCAAAGGAACGAAUAUGGCAAAUUUCGGGAAAUUACAAAGAAAACUCAAAGGAAAAGAACUGGUAGUAAACAUCAAAAUUUACAACAAUUUUGAUGCAAAAUCAUUCGAGGAAAGUGAUGACCAAGAAUUAAAAGCGGAAGUUCAAAAGUUUCAAGAUUGGUACUGUGCCAACAUUGAAAAAGUCGAAGAAAUUUCAAACAGGUUAGAAAGGGAAGAAAGGGCUGAUGCUACUGAGGCGAUACGUACUCUUGUUUAA